AUGGUCGAUCUUAGGUCUCCUUUGCAACCUCAGUUCAGCUCGCAUGAUGACGAGAAGCCUCUGGACAAAGAAUACCAGCUUGAUCUGGACAAAGUCUCUCAGGAAGACCGAGAGCUCCCAAUGAAGACAAAAGGUGUGGCCAGAAUUGAAAUGGUUAGAGAUUAUAUGGGGAAAAAAUACCUAUGGCUCUUCGCUUGUUCCAUUUUCUUGACUUGUUGGAUGGUCGCUUUAGAUGGUACCACUACAUACAACUAUGAGCCUUAUGCUACCAGUUCAUUUGACAGGCACUCUAUGUUGUCGACGUUGACGGUGGCUACAUCCGUCAUUGGGGCUGUCUGUAAACCAUUUGUUGCUAAAAUGUCUGACUUGACUUCCAGACCAUUCGUCUAUGUGGUUGUGUUGGUGCUCUAUGUGUUGGGGUUUAUCAUUGUUGCAUGUUCGCCUUCCAUUUCUGCCUUUGUCAUUGGCUCAGUGUUUAUCAGUAUUGGUAAGUCGGGUGUUCAAUUGAUGAACGGUAUUAUUGUUGCUGACUUCACCAACUUGCAAUGGAGAAGUUUCUUCUUGGCAUUUUGUACUGUUCCGUUCUUGGUCACCACUUGGGUAUCUGGAUAUAUUGUGGAGAAUAUCGUGGCCAGCAACUGGAAGUGGGGUUAUGGAAUGUUUGCCAUCAUUACUCCUGCCACUUUGAUUCCUGCUAUUGUGAUAAUGUACUGGCUAGAUCAUAAAGCUGCAAAGGAAGGAAAGGUUCCUUUUGGAGCUGAACCUUUCACUGCCAAACAGAGAGAAAUUGCCAACAUGGGCUUGUCUCCUCUCAAAACCAAAUUGCUUUUGAUCAAGGAAGCUCUUUUGGAAAUCGAUGCAAUUGGCUUGAUCUUGCUUGGAUUUGCUUUCUCGUUGAUCUUGCUUCCAUUUUCGUUAUACUCUUAUGCCGAGAAUGGUUUCAGAAAUCCAAGUAUGAUCGCCAUGAUCGUUGUGGGUGGAAUUCUUUUGAUUGUUCACAUUGUCUACGAGGUCAAGUUUGCUAAAUACUCAUUGUUGCCCAAGAGAGUUCUCUUCAACAGAACUUUUAUUUGCUGUGUCUUUAUUGACUUUCUCUACAUGUUUGGAGGCUACAUGCCACUCUUGUACUUCACCUCAUACACCAUGGCUACCCUUAACCUCUCCAUCAGAGACUGGACGUACCUCUCCAAUACCACCACCAUGGGACUUUGUUUCUUUGGUGUUAUAUGGGGUCUUCUUUUCAGAAUAUACCACAGAUACAAGGUAUUCCAGGUGGUUGGAAUUGCCAUUAAAUUGAUUGGUAUGGGCUUGUAUGUCAGAUGUGCUAGCACUUCCACUCCUCCAAGCUUAGGUAACGUUGUGGCGGGACUUAUCAUCACGGUUUUAGGUGAUGCUGCCAGUGCUAUGGGCACACAGGUGGCAGCCCAGGCUGCUGUUCCACACCAGGAUUUGGCUGCUACAAUUUCUGUAUUGUCAUUGUACUCCAGUAUCGGAGCAGCCAUUGGAUCAGCCAUUACUUCGGUCAUCUGGACAUCCAAAUUGCCCAAUGCCAUGUACAAGUAUGUUCCAGAUAUCACUAAGGCUGCUACGUUCUAUGGAGCAGUUCUGUCAAUUGCAGCUGAGCCUUGGGGAAGUCCUGAUCGUCUUGGAGCCAUCAAAGCUUACCAGGAAGUCAAUUACAUCCUUUUCUCUGCUGGUUUGGGGGUUUCUUCCUUGAUGUUUGUGGUAUCUUUGUUCCAGACCAAUUUCUAUUUGGGUCGCCAGAGAAAUUGCUACGAGAAGGAUGAGAACGAAGACAUCCAAAAGGAUAACGAGAAGAAUGAAGCGUUCGGACUCUUUGACUGGGUCAAGAAGCCAUUCAACUAA